UCACGCAGCGUGAUCUUCGAGCUGAUUGCACAAUGCGACAAAGCAGUAUAAACAUAUCUGUUUUCGUUCAGUGAUUUCACUUUCACUUGCUCCUCAGACUGGUGUUGUUUCAUUCUCCGGCUGUUUGUUAUCGACAGGUCCAGAACAAUGUCGACCGCUGAGAUUAAAUACCCCAAGCGCUUCCUAGACUUGAACAUGAACUCGCCAGUGGAGGAUUCCAAACUGGCUUACGAUGAAAUGGCUGCUUGCUGGGAAAAGAUAAGCGACAACACGGGUUACAAAGGCCACAUACUGUGCGUGGAGGCGUUUGAUCGCGCUAUGCAGACCAAAGAGGUCUACCUCAAUCCGACAAAAGACAUGAAAAUCCUUGACGCUGGGGCAGGUACAGGAGGAAUUGGAGAGAUGCUGAAAGUUCGAGGGUACACCAACGUUGACGCGCUGGACAUUUCUCAAGAAAUGCUCAAUUUAGCUGCAGCCAAGAACCUUUACAAGAAACUGAUCUGUGCUCCCUUGAUUGACACGCAUAUGAAGGAGGUAGAGACCGCUGAAUACGACGUCGUGCUUUGCGCUGGCACCAUAGUGUAUGGACAAGUGAAACCAGGAGCGAUCGAGCAGUGCGCACGAUUUGUAAAACCCGGUGGACUUUUUAUAUUCACCAUCCGCGUGGACUCGUAUGAUCCAGUGGAGUGCGGAUACAGUGCAAUGUGCGAGAAACUGGAACAAACUGGCAAGUGGAGCCUGGUGCUGAAAGAAAAACGCGAACUCCACGUCACACCCAACGCUGAAAGACUUCGAUACUGCUAUCUCAUCACUUACAAAGUAUUACAGUGAAGAAGUGAUGGGGAUACCUCAAGCAAGGCUAGGGCAAUCUUCUUGAGUGUAACUGGACAGUCUUUGAAACGUUAGAUUGCGAGCAGUCUCUCAUUUGCUCGGAAAUCGGUGGGGAAGAACGCAAAACAAAUGAGCGUGCGAGCGUGACUGUGAGCGUGACAUGCGAGCGUCGAGUAGUGCAAGCGUGAUAGCGCGCGUGACAUGCGAGCGGCGAGUAUAGCUCGCACGUUCACUUGUGUUGCGUUCUUCUUUGCGUUUUUCCCCUCGGAAUUUUGAGCAAAAGAGACUGUUUCAGUCUAUCGGAAUUUACUAACACAUCAGAAACCUUUGAAGAGAUUGGAGUGGACGUGUGAUAAGACAUUUGCCCGCAAGUUUUUAGCGAAGAGAUACCUUACAACAGUUUUCAUUUACUUUUUUUGUGAGCAGUCGAUUCAAUUUUGGCUGACUGUAGCUAGUUGUCCCAUUUGUUUUGAAAGCAUAAGGUUGUCUAACUUUGGCAAAACUCGUGCUCAUACAUUCGUAUAGUGAUCUCUGAACUCUGAUCUCACUGUCUUGAACAUCAUCGAUUUGAUGACGAACAAAAGUGUUGCUUGAGUGUGUGACAUAAUUGCAAAGAGUUUAAUUGAAUAAAGGAUAAAAUGUAAAGGGCUCAGUUUACAACAUCUUUUGACCGCCCUUCGAAGCCAUAAGGCUAUAUAAUACCUAACUUAGCUUUGUGCGUGUACAGUCCCGUAUCAACAUUUAUACCAGGCCAUAGAGAAUACAGCCAAUCAGAAUACUGGAAAGCCGUUGUUUAUUUGACGGCAUUACACCCAACCUUCCCAUCAUGCCCUCGCGUAUGUCGCAUUUAUUGUGUUGAUCACUGUAUUUUCUAUGGCAUGGCAUAAAAUAGUUAUACAACGCCCUCUCGUGAUAUACCACGGAUUAUCCCUCAUGUCAUCUAAAGGCUCGUGUAUACCGAGAAAUUAAGUGACUCGUGGGAUAUUUCAUGGUAUACCAUUCGAAAGUGUUACAUAAUUAGGAUGCAUUCAUCGAGGUCGUACGCGUUCUUCAAACGGCCGCCAUCUUAGCCAGUUCAAAUGGCAAUCUGCAAGAAAUUAACCUGAUGUUAAACUGGGGAAGGCAAAGCGUUGAUGGAAGGAAGGGGACUGGGAGAAAGGAAGAACGCAUUGUUUCUUAUUCUUGCGAGCGUUUUUUACGUACCUCCCCACCCCUUCCCCGUUUGCGCCGGCAACGCAGGCUAGGAAAGAGUACAAACUAACUCUAUCGAACGGACAGGAAGGGGGAGAAAGUAUUUUUUAUCCGUUCUGCAUUUUUGCAAAUUUCCAGUGCACGAUAUUUCAUUCAAGGAAUCUAUAAUCGGCGAUGUUUUCAUUUCCAGAGACCCAGCUGGAGAGGCGAUUGCUCGAAAUGUGCUACAUUCAUAUCAGUGUUCAUAGUCAUUUUAUGACUAAGCAACCGUUGCUAUGGCUGCUAGCUGGCUGAUACUAUUAUAAAAAAGAAUUGUUUUAAGGGACUAUCGUUAUACC